UGGUGUUGGUAUUGUAUUUUUAUGGAGGUCUACAUUACACAAAAUUUUGCUUUCACUCAUUUCUGAAUUUAUCCAUCUCUCUCUAACCACCAUUCUUCUUUCAGAUUAGCCCUUAAACAUAUAAAAUUAAUACAGAAAAUAAAGAAAAAGAAGAGCUUGUUGGAAUUAGUAUGGCGAGCUGGGGAAGAAGAUCAAGUGGCAUGGUUCAUCAUAUCAAGGCACUUUCAAAGGUGGAACUGAGGGGCAAAGCAGGUGCAAUGAAAGGAGGGUGGUGGAGAUAUCCCGUACAACCUGGAGUUGCUUCAGCUUUAGUCCCACGCUCAUGGCCAUGCGUUAAUACUAUGGCUUCCCUUUUCUUGGUUCAGCGUUUCAAAUCCUCCCUACCUCAAAAACAAGUCGAAGACGACGACGGUGAUCAGGAUUUAGAUUUUCCAGGAGGAAAAGUUGCAUAUACUUCAGAAAUGAAAUUCAUUUCAGGGUCUUAUGAUAAAAGAAUACCUUGCUAUCGAGUUCUUGGUGAUGAUGGAGAGCUAAUCAAAGAUGGUAGUGAUUUUGAAAAGGUUAACAAAGAAUUGGCAGUGAAAAUGUACAGUGACAUGGUUUGUCUGCAAAUUAUGGAUACUUUCAUGUAUGAAGCACAAAGGCAAGGGCGAAUAUCGUUCUAUAUGACAUCAUUUGGUGAAGAAGCGGCUACCAUAUCAUCCGCUGCUGCACUUACCAAAGAUGAUAUUAUCUUGCCUCAGUAUCGGGAACCAGGAGCUCUUCUGUGGCGUGGUUUCACAUUGCAAGAAUUUGUCAACCAAUGCUUUGGGAACAAGGAUGAUGGUGGGAAAGGUAGGCAGAUGCCGGUUCAUUACGGUUCAAGCAAGCACAACUUCGUCACUGUUUCAUCCCCGAUUGCAACUCAGCUUCCUCAAGCUGCAGGCAUGGCAUACUCUCUUAAGAUGGAUAAGAAAGACGCUUGCGUUGUCGCCUUUAUCGGUGAUGGCGGUACCAGCGAGGGAGAUUUUCAUGCUGGUUUGAACUUUGCAGCAGUGAUGGAAGCCCCGGUUAUUUUUGUUUGUCGCAACAAUGGCUGGGCCAUUAGUACACCAACAUCAGAUCAAUUUCGAAGCGACGGUGUUGUUGUUAAGGGCCAAGCUUAUGGAAUCCCAAGCAUUCGAGUCGACGGUACUGAUGCACUUGCUGUUUAUCGCGCCAUUCGUGCGGCUCGUAGUAUGGCUAUAAAUGAGCAACGACCGGUCCUAGUUGAGUCUCUUGCAUAUAGAGUUGGACACCAUUCCACAUCCGACGAUUCGACCAAAUAUCGUUCUCUCAAUGAAAUCGAGCACUGGAAAACGGAUCGAGACCCGGUAAAUAAAUUUAGAAAAUGGGUUGAACUCAAUGGUUGGUGGAGUGAAAGAGAUGAAGCUGAUCUCCGAAGUAGCAUAAAGAAACAGCUAUUGAAAGCGAUUCAAGUGGCGGAGGGAACGGAGAAACCACCGCUUACGGAGUUGUUCACGGAUGUUUACGAUCUUCCUCCAUCUAACCUUGUCGAGCAAGAGAAACUACUCAGACAAACUGUCAAUAAAUAUCCACACGAUUUCCCCUCUGAUGUUUCUCUCCACUAGAUUAAUGAAAACGUUAGCUGUUUAGACUCAUAACAUAACUAUCUACCCUGUUUAGAAUUAAAAUAAAGAAAAUAUGAAUACUGGAUUAUUAUUUUCUUAAGGAUUUAUAUUUUUCUUA